GCAUUGUUCAGGAGUAGGCUAGGUGAUAAUGAUUGCACCUGGGAGAGUGACAUUAUUGGACUCAAGAACAGUGCAAGGCGAAUUAAAAUGGGUUGCCAGUCCAACGGAAGGAGGGUGGGAAGAAGUGAGCAUCAUGGACGAGAAAAACACCCCCAUACGGACCUACCAAGUGUGCAACGUGAUGGAGCCCAACCAGAACAACUGGCUCCGGACAGACUGGAUCCCACGCGGCGGGGCCCAGCGCGUCUACAUCGAGAUCAAGUUCACGCUGCGGGACUGCAACAGUCUUCCCGGCGUCAUGGGAACCUGCAAGGAGACCUUUAACCUCUACUACUAUGAGUCCAACAACGACAAGGAGCGCUACAUUCGUGAGAACCAGUUCUCCAAGAUCGACACCAUCGCCGCCGAUGAGAGCUUCACGCAGGUGGAUAUCGGGGACCGCAUCAUGAAGCUCAACACCGAGGUCAGAGACGUCGGGGUGCUGACCCGGAAGGGCUUCUACCUGGCCUUCCAGGACGUGGGCGCCUGCAUCGCACUGGUGUCCGUGCGGAUCUUCUACAAGAAGUGCCCGCUCACCGUGCGCAACCUGGCGCAGUUCCCGGACACCACCACGGGUGCCGACACCUCCUCGCUGGUGGAGGUGCGCGGCUCCUGCGUGGACAACUCGGAGGAGCGCGAGGUGCCCAAGAUGUAUUGCGGGGCGGACGGAGAAUGGCUGGUGCCCAUCGGCAACUGUCUGUGCAACCCUGGAUUCGAGGAGCGGUCAGGAGCCUGCCAAGCCUGUAGGAUUGGCUACUACCGGGCUCUGGCCACCGAUGACAGCUGCUCCAAGUGUCCCCCCCACAGCUACUCCGUGAGCGAGGGCUCCACGUCCUGCGCCUGUGAUAAGGGUUUCUUCCGGGCCGAGACUGACCCAGCCUCCAUGCCCUGCACACAACCCCCGUCUGCUCCCCAGAACCUCAUCUCCAAUGUGAACGAGACGUCGGUCAACCUGGAGUGGACGGCGCCAGCCUCCUCGGGCGGCCGUUCGGACCUGGCUUACAACGUGGUGUGCAAGCGCUGCGGGCCGGGCCCGUCCCCAGGUGCACCGCGCUUGUGCGCGCCCUGCGGCAACGCUGUCCACUUUUCGCCGCAGCAGCUGAGCCUGCGCGCCACCCGCGUCUCCAUCACCGACCUGCAGGCCCACACCAACUACACCUUCGAGAUCUGGGCGGUCAACGGCGUGUCUACGCAGAGCCCCGGGCCUCAACAGGCCGUCUCCGUCACCGUCACCACUAACCAGGCCGCUCCAUCUCCUGUUACGUCCAUCCAGGCCAAGGACAUCACCAGGCACGCUGUUUCGCUGGCCUGGCAGCAGCCCGAAAGGCCCAACGGGGUCAUCCUGGAGUACGAGGUCAAGUACUAUGAGAAGGACCAGAAUGAGCGUAGCUACCGCAUCAUGAAGACGGCCUCCCGCAGCGCUGAUGUGAAAGGCCUGAGUCCGCUGACCGUCUAUGUGUUCCACGUGCGCGCUCGCACCGCCGCCGGCUACGGAGACUUCAGCGCACCCUUCGAGUUCAUGACCAACUCAGCGGUUAGCGGUGCACGGGGCAGGAUUAAUGGCACGAGGAAGAGCGCAAGACCCUCAGGGAGCACGAGGGGCCCAUCAGAGACGGGGGACGACGCCCUGCUCAGUCCACAUGGCCCCAGACCCCCCUGGGGGACCCUGCCGGCCCCCCGUCAGGUAGUGGCUGAGGAAGUGGGGAGUGGAGGGCCGGUGAAUGUGUGCAUUCUCUGCGUCAGCAUGGCAGGGAUAGAUGAUACGGGGCCAUGCCUGGAGGGGUGGCCCUGCUCUGCUCCGCGCCACUCCGCUCUGGGUAAGACGAGUCCGGGCUCCCUCGAGCAGGCCGACAGGACAGGGAAGGGACGCUUGAUGUACUUCUCGGGGUCACCGAGCUGUGACCUUGCAUUCCUGCUGAAGGGCAUGAGAUGUCCCAGAGCACGAUAUCACAGCACUGCCAGGCUGCUCUCACGAUUGAUAUUUAUGGACGUGCGUUUGGCCACGGCUGGCUGCCUCGCUGAGGCUCCCCGCGGUCCCCCCGCCGUGCCGGGCCUCAGAAGAUUAGAGGGCCCCUGGCAGAAACUAAUCUGCCCCCGCGCCGGCCCACAAUGCCACCCCACCGAGAGCGAGGCGCGCAGGGGGGAAGAGACUCCUUUAAUUCAGGACCCGCAGCCUAUUCAGCCGCAUGCCCAGGACCAGUUUAUUUGA